AUGCGAUUAUCCAGCUUGCUGUCCUGCUGCCUCUGCUGUCUGCCGCCACUGCUGCUGCUGCUGCUGCUGCUGUGCCUUUGUGUGGCCCCGGCCGCCACCGCUGGCACGCCCUCGCCAGCCAGCCCCGCCAGAACGGCCUCCAGCCGUCAACACAACCAGAGCCAGAACCAGCACCAGAAUCACAGCCAGACCAGCCAAAGCCAGAACCAAACGAAAGCAGGGGCAGCAGCUGCAGCGGUGGACCAGGACAAAGAUGCACAUCACCGGCCAAAGAGAGGGUGGAUUUGGAAUCAGUUCUACGUUCUGGAGGAGCACAUUGGCCCAGAGGCACAGCAUGUGGGAAAGCUCCAUUCUAAUUCAGACAAAGGCGAUGGGUCAGUGCGCUACCUGCUCUCAGGGGAAGGUGCUGGCACCAUAUUCAUCAUCAACGAGGUCACCGGUGACAUCCACGCCACCAAGAGCCUGGACAGGGAGAAGAAGAGCCACUAUGUCCUCCAUGCGCAGGCUAUCGACCGCCACACUAACAGAGCCCUAGAGCCCGAGUCGGAAUUCAUCAUCAAGGUCCAGGAUGUUAACGAUAAUGCACCAAAGUUCCCCGAUGGCCCUUUCACUGCAUCUGUGCCAGAGAUGGCAGACAUUGGAACAUCAGUGUUUCAGAUCACUGCCAGUGAUGCAGAUGACCCCACCUAUGGAAACAGUGCCAGGAUUGUGUACAGUAUUUUGCAAGGACAUCCUUACUUCUCUGUUGACCCCAAAACUGGUAUCAUCAGGACUGCCUUGGCGAACAUGGACAGGGAAGCACGGGAGUUCUACACUGUCAUCAUCCAAGCCAAAGACAUGGCCGGCCAGGUGGGCGGUCUCUCUGGGUCAGCUACCAUCAACGUCACACUGACGGAUGUCAAUGACAAUCCUCCCCGCUUCCCAGAGAGGAUCUACCCGCUCUAUGUUCCUGAAUCAGCGCAGGUCGGGAAAGCGGUGGGCAAAAUCAAAGCCAAUGACGACGAUCUUGGUGUCAACGCCGAGAUGACUUACCGCAUAACUAAUUCUGAAGGAGCUGCCUUUUUCGAUAUCGCCAGUGACGGUGACAAGAGGGAAGGUGUUAUUUUGCUGAAAAAGCAACUGGACUAUGAGAAGAAGAAAGCCUACACCUUGAACAUCGAGGGGGUCAAUAGUCACCUGGACCCCCGUUUUUUUCACCUGGGCCCAUUCAAAGACACCGCUGACCUCCAGAUCAUCAUCGGAGACGUGGACGAGCCGCCACUGUUCACCUUGGACUAUUACAUCCUGGAUGUGUACGAGAACGCUCCUGCUGGGACGGAGGUGGGCACGGUCUCUGCACAGGACCCAGACAGCACCCGGAGUGCCGUGAGGUAUUCCAUUGAUCAGACCAACCAGGGUGAUGCUGGUUUCAGUAUUGAUGCUCACAGUGGAGUCAUAACGACUAACCACAUGCUUGACAGAGAAGAAGCUGCAUGGCAUAACAUCACUGUGAUGGCUUCUGAGACGGAUAAUCCCAGCCUUGUCAGUUACGUUCCAGUCACAGUGCAGAUCUUGGAUGUGAAUGAUAAUUCGCCGUACAUCGACACAGAAAACGACAUCAUUGUGUGCGAGACCUCCAGACUGGGCUCGGUGAUUCAAAUAAUCAAGGCCACUGACAGAGACAACUUUGCGAAUGGACACUUUUCCUUCUCUCUAUCAAGUGAUUCAGCAGCAAACCCCAACUUCACCCUGAAGGACAAUGAAGACAACAGUGCCAGCAUUUUGUCGCAGAGGCGAGGCUUCAGUCAGGCGGAACAGGAGCUGUACCAGCUGGCCGUGGAGGUGAAGGACGGCGGCGAGCCCGUACUGAGCAGCACCAGCACCCUGACCCUGCGCGUGUGCCCCUGCCAGAGGGGAGGCCGGCUCAGGGCCUGCCGUGCCCAGGCCUUCCUGUCCUCCGCGGGGCUCAGCACCGGGGCUCUCAUCGCCAUCCUCCUCUGCAUCGUCAUCCUGCUGGCCAUUGUAGUGCUCUUUGUCACCCUGCGGAACAAGAAGAAGAAGAAGGAGCCACUAAUCAUCUCGGAGGAGGACGUGCGGGAGAACGUGGUGACAUACGACGACGAGGGCGGCGGAGAGGAGGACACGGAGGCCUUCGACAUCGUGGCGCUGCGGAACCCGGCGGCGGCAGAGGAGCUGCGACUGCGGAGGGACGCGCUGGCGCAGGUGUGGGAGGUGGCGGCCGCCGCAGGGGGGGCCGUGGGGGUCAUGUGCACCUCCUCGUCUCCCGUUCUCGACAACGAGGACAUCCACAGAGUCAUCAAGGAGCGGGUGGUGGCGGCGGACCGGGACACGAGGGGCCCGCCGUACGACUCCCUGCAGACGUACGCUUACGAGGGCCGGGGGUCCCCCACGGGCUCCAUCAGCUCCCUGGACCUUCCCGGACCUCCAUCUGAGCUGGACCCAGGCGACCUGGAGGACUGGGGGCCUGGGGUUCACACUCUGGCCCGGCUUUUUACGGAGCAGGAGCACAUGCACAGCCCCUGACCUGACCCCACAAGACUGCGUUUCAUAAGACGAUGGGAUAAAAAAGCCCAAGCCCUUCUUACUGUCCGGCUUAUUUACGGAUGAGUGGACACAUUGGGAGACAGCUUUUUUUUUUUGUAACUGUCAAAACUUGUUCACUUUUUUGAUGUAGCAUUGACUGUUCUUUUUCACUGGGUUCUACAAGUGGAAGGAAACAAGAUGUCUUUUUUGGAUUAAAAAGCACAAAAUUAUGUAAAAAAGAAUUCAAAGACUGAAAGAGGACGCUAUUUUCCCUGGUGUAUAUUUUAUAUUACUGAAUAAA